AUGAACGCGAUGAUAAAGCCGAAUCACGCCCGGGAAGAGCAUCGGGACAAGCAGCACGUGCAGGCAGAUCCUCAGCCCGCCAGGCGCAGCAGACUCCCACCGUUGCCAUGGACACUGGAGAAGAAGAGUCGCAAGUUCCCCCUCGCGCUGCUGCCGACGCUGAUCCUCGACAACACCGAGAUUGCGUUUGGACUUAACCUUACGCACAGCAUCCAGCUGCAGCCCCUGGUCCCGAUCCCUUGGCAGGAGCAGCUGCUCCCUGGCGUGAAGGAAGCGCGGCCUCACAUGCUCAUGCUUCCGCAGCACAAGGCCAUGGUGUCCUUCCGGAUCCCGAGCGGGCAGCGGGUCACCCGAAGGUUCUUACCCGCAGAGCCCAUCGAGCAGAUGUUCCUGGUUGCGUCGGCUCUCACCAAAGAGCCCGUUCGCCUCGUCGACCUGUCGACCCAGUUUCCGAAGAGGGCCCUGCGCGACAUCGAGGGGGGGCUGCAGACUCCGAUGAAGGACGCCAACGUCGCCGGGAACAUGAUCCUCGUGAACGUGCGGAGCGACGCCUGA